GACACCUGCUACGAGAACGCAUCAAAACUCAGCUCCCCUAAGGGUGGCGGCUAUGAUGACAGCGAUAUUUGAGAGUUAUGUCGCAGCAACUCAGCCGGAAAAUGAAAAAUAUAAAUUGACUUGUACGCUGAGAAAAAUAAUCAAAAACAUUUCAACUCCACAGCUCGCGGCUCGUUAGUUCGUUGAUUCGCAUGUGUAACUCACUACAUACUAUUUAAGUAUCUACUUAGUAGACGUUUACUGUGAACUUGAAUUGUCUGACUAGAGUUAAGACCUGGGAAAAUGCUAUUGUGUUCUUAGUGCGUUUGGCCGGUAUAAUACGCUUUGAAAACGAAAGUGAUUUUGUUAUUUAUUUAGUCAACAACUAACUGCGGAACGAAACGUUUGUGUUGGAAAAUAAGCGUAUUUUUUUUUUGUGUGAAAGAUAAAGCACAGAAUCAAGUAGGCGUUAAAUUUCGCAAAAUGUUCUCGAGCAUUAAAAAGUUGGCAGUUGCGCUGCUUUGUGUGGUCGUCCUUAGCGGCAUUUCAGCGGAGGAAGAAAGUUCAAGUGCUGCCAAGAGUGCUGCUGUUCAACAAGAUUUAACUACUUCAGCCACUUCUGCGAAAUUGUUCAACUUGGGCAGUUUAUUUGGACAGAAUCCCGGCAGCAAUGGGUAUGGUACCGGCUACGGAUAUGGUAACGGUAACAACUACUAUCCCAGCAGCUACAGACCGAGCACCUAUUAUCCAUACAAGAAUAAUUACUAUCCCACCGGCACAUAUCCAAGUAACAACUAUCCCGGUAGUUAUUACCCCGUCAGCAGCGGAUGGAGUGGCAGCAAUUACCCGAACUAUGCAACCAAUGGUGGCUAUUAUCCAAGCACUGGCGGCUAUGGCUAUAAUUAUGGUAGUACCGGCACGGGUUACUCUCCCAGCACUGGCACCGGUUACUAUCCCAACACCGGCACCGGUUACUACCCCAACACCGGCACUAAUAUACUAGGCGGAAAUGGCGGCUAUGGUGGUUAUGGAGGUAGUCCACUGAAGUCGCUACUUCUGGGAUAUAAAUGCUAAGAGUUGCUGCCAAAACUGAUAAGCCGAGCGAAUAAAACUCGUACAUAAGUAUGUAACAAAAUAUUCGUUACGCAUUCGACUAUCCUUAAACACCACAUAUAUAUGUAUGUACUUAUGCAUCAUACUAUGCAUGUUUAUAAUAAAAAUGUGCUUGUUAAAAGUAAAUAACUCGUGGCAUGUCUUAGAUAAGAGUGUAUUAAUGUACAUCA